AUGGACAAGAUGGGGGACUUCUCGCUCGAGGCCCUGAACCUGGACCUCAACGCGCUGUUCCUGCUCUCGGUCACGGUGCUCGCCUUCCUGGUGCCCGUCGUCAUCAUCCUGCCGCCCGUGACGCCGCAGAAGAGCGAUGCGCUGCUGCAGACGCACUCCCUGGCGGGCCUGGCGCCCUCCCGGAGCAACCUGCGGACGCAGUUCGCGCCCGCGGCCCACGAGCCCCGGCCCGGCCAGCCGCCGCGCGUGCAGGCCCUGAUGGUGUACCCGGUCAAGUCGUGCCGCGGCGUCGAGGUGUCGCGGGCGCGCGUGCUGCCGCAGGGCCUCGAGUUCGACCGGCUCUUCACCUUCGCGCAGCUGCGGUCGGCGUUCCCGGUGCCCGUCGACGCCAGCGGCGCCGAGAGCGACGCCCACGCCUGGAGCUUCAUCACGCAGCGCCAGUUCGCGCGCCUGGCCACCGUCGCCGUCGAGCUGUGGCUGCCCGACGAGAUGAAGCUGCGCAAGCAGAGCAUGAAGACCAACGAGGCCUUCCUGAUCCUGCGCUUCCCCUGGCAGGAGCGCGGCCUCAGGGGCCUCCUGGCCACCAUCGGCGCAAAGCUGACCAGGGGGCUCCGGGCCGUGGCCGAGAAGGAGGUCCUCCUGCCGGUGGACUUCCCGGAUGCGGACCAGAUCAAGGCGCGUGGGUACAGCUACGAGGAUGUCACCAUCUGGAAGGAAACCGUUUCCGCGCUGAACAUGUCCAAGGAGAUACCAGAGGAGCUGCGGCUGUAUCUAGGCGUCAGCAACAAAUUGGGUCUGUUCAGGAUAGAUCCGCAGAAGCUGCGCGAGGUAUACCAUUGCGCGCCGCGCAAGGAGGAUAUCGGCUGGCAGCCGGUUUGUGGGUUCCAGGACGGCUACCCACUCCACAUCCAGAACUUGUGUAGCGUCCAGACCUUCGACGCCCAGGUGCCAAAGGACGACGAACUGCGGCAACUCAGUGUCCUCCGCUUCCGCCCAAAUAUUAUCUUAUCCGGUGGCCCCGCCUACGACGAAGACGAGUGGAAGCAGAUCCGCCUGCGGCCCGGGACCUCGGGCCUCUACAACGACGCUCUGCUCAACGUCUCAUGCCAUACCGUCCGCUGCAGGCUGCCAAACGUGGACCCGGACACCGGUGACCGCCACCCCACCCAGCCCGACAAGACGCUGCGGGCCACGCGCGACAUCGACGCCGGCGCGCCGAGGUCGGGGUGCCUGGGCGUGCAGGCGACGCCCCUGUUCGAGGGGGCCGUGACCGAGGAGGACCGCACCGCCUGGGUCGGCGUGGGCAUGGAUGUCUCGGUCGAGGAGAGGGGCGAGCAUUUCUACCUGAAGUCGUAG